AUGGAAAAGCGCGGUGACGGCACCUCGCUCUACGGUACUUUUAUCCGUCUCUCCUGGCAUGCCUCGGGUACCUACAGUAAAGCCGACAAUUCGGGCGGUUCGAACGGUGGGCGUAUGCGUUUUACCCCCGAAGCCGGAUGGGGCGCCAACGCCGGGCUCAAAGUAGCCCGCGACGCCCUGGAACCCGUCAAGGCCAAGUUCCCCGGUCUAUCGUACGCCGACCUCUACACCUACGCUGGUGUCGUCGCGGUGGAAGAAGCCGGAGGCCCUAUCAUUCCCUUUGCCACGGGCCGCACGGACGAAUCGGACGGCAAGGCCUCCCCGCCAGACGGCCGUCUCCCUGACGCCGACAAGGGAGCCCGCAUCGCCACCAUUACUCACGUGCGCGAUAUUUUCUACCGCAUGGGCUUUAACGAUCAAGAAAUCGUCGCUCUCUUGGGUGCGCACGCCAUGGGGCGCUGCCACACGGAUCGCAGUGGCUACUGGGGACCCUGGUCUAACGCCGAAAACACCUUUAGCAACGAAUAUUAUCGACUCUUGGUGGAAGAACGCUGGUCGCCCAAGGUUACGCACAACGGCAAACCCUGGACGGGCCCGGAUCAGUACGAGGAUGCCUCCGGUCAGCUCAUGAUGCUACCCUCGGAUAUUGCCAUGAUCGCCGACCCGGAAUUCAAAAAGUGGGUGGAACUCUACGCCAAAGAUGAGGAUCGCUUCUUCAACGACUUUAGCAAGGCGUUCGCUAAACUAUUGUCCCUGGGCGUGCCCUUUGCCGCCACCAAGCCGUGGUACCAGUUUUGGUAA